ACGUCGAUAGCGGUCCAACAAACCGCGUUGCGGCACUAAUCUGUAUAGGCAAGGGCGUGCGGGGACGAAACUAUUGAUCUUUCUUCGUUGAACGUCUCGGUAAAAUAGUUCGUUCGCCGCUGCCUACUACUGUGUGCCGUGCCGCAUAGCACAUCAAACGCAAUUCGUGAGCCCAUCGUUCGCACAUCGCGGCAAACGUGACCGAGUUUUGUGUGUAAUUUUGGAUCGGUAGUGCACUGAAAGUAUUUUUCAACUGAUACCGAAAUACGGUGCAAAUAAAUUUGGUCAUCUAGCGUGCACGAAUUGUCUGUAUGAUGGCAUUCUCCAGAUUGUACAAUCAGGCCCUCGUGCGUUACCCUGUGUUGGUACAGUCGGUACAAUCGGGACUGCUGAUGGGAGCCGGGGACGUUAUUGCGCAAGGAUUCAUCGAGCGCAAGGAUUGGAAAUCGUUCGAUGGGAUGCGUGCUUUCAAAUUUUUCGGUAUUGGAUUUUGCGUCGGAGGUCCUGGUUUGCGGAAGUGGUACGGUGUGCUUGAUCGACACGUUGGAAAAGCUGGUGCCAGUAAGACGGUCACCACGCUAAAGAAAGUCGCCCUGGACCAGCUAGUCUUUGCUCCGAUCUUCCUGGGAACGCUGAUCGGCACCAUCGGGCUGCUGCAGGGUCGCAAUGUGACCGAAAUUAAACACAAGCUGCGCCACGAGUACAGCGACAUACUGAUAACCAACUACUACAUCUGGCCGUGGGUACAGUUGGCCAAUUUCUAUCUCGUCCCGUUGAACUACCAAGUGCUGCUGGUGCAGUCGGUGGCCGUAUUCUGGAAUACGUACCUAUCAUGGAAAACGAAUCAACAGGAGGCGGCAGCCGGCAAGCAGCAGGGUGCCAUUAAAACGAUGCCACACGAUGCGAUCACAUCUUGUGAGGAUAGUGUGGCCUCGUAAAUUCGACUAGUUUGAGGAUCAGUACACCAACACUGUAGAAUUAACAAUCACAUGUGAUAUUUUCGGGCCAGUGCCUCGCACCGGGUACGAACGUUUAGUAGUCAUACGGCCUAGAAAAGCAAAGGAUAGAAGCUGGGAGUGCAAUGCAAAUCUUGUGCGAUGUAAGAAACGAUGUUAAACAUUCAAAAUCGAUUUAUCUUCCAGCUGGUGUUACGUGAUUUAUGAGCUUUUCAUUAAGCAAACAAAACGUAUGAAUUACUCUAAAUGACUCCUCACUGCUGCUGGAAGCUUUGGGGUUGUGGAUUAAAUAUUCUUACUAAAUAGAAAAGUCUAGUAAAAUGCCAUCGGACACAUGUUGAUCAUCAAAGACGUAAGUUUGCAACCAGUUAGAAGUGUUUGGAACAAUACACUAGACUGUGUAUAAUUAAAUACACUUUUUAAAAGGAGAAAUAACCCCCAAGUUCAAACACAGACAGUGUUGAGUAGAUGCACGACAUGAUACCUUUGUCAAUCAUAGUUGAUUAUUAAGGCACUCUUUAUAAAAAUUCCAUGAUUUUCAAAUGAAUUGUUAUUAAUAAUAGGUUCAAUUAAUGUCUUCGCCUGUUUAAUAGUUGAAUCGCAGUUGUUACUCCGUAACAUGAAAACAGCCUGCUGCUAGCGAAAUCUACCUGAAACAUUCAAUCGUUUGACCAUAACAAAACCAGAACCAAUCAUAGUUGCCUUUUCUUUGUUUAAUUUUAACUCGUUCUGCUGAUUGCUUUAAUAAAAACCAACAAAACCAAACAUCUUGUAUGGAUAACAAGGGUGUUUAAUAAACACCGAGAUUUAUUGUAAGGUCUUAUAAGGUACGUUAAUUUCUUCACUACAGCACAUUUAUGAACGCACUU